AUGCAACAAUCCUUUGCAAGUCUGGGUCCACAGGGCCGCUGGCGGCGUGUUGUCAUCAUGGCUGCUGUGCCAAUAUCCUUCAUUAUUCUCAUCCUUGCUUUCGGCUCAAGUUACGUCCCGGAGAGCAAAUUCGGAGCGUCUUCGCAAUACCCCGUUCAGAGCAGCAAUGUUUCUAUCGACGACACCAACAUGUCCAUGGCUACUGUCAUCAAAGCCCUGUAUACCCCGAUCCUCCACCCUGUCGAUGCACCCACCUUCACCGAUGAAGACGGCGACACAUACCACCUUCCGGCUGGAGAGCCACGCUUCAAACAGAAGUUGGGGAAGAAGGUGUUGAUUUUGGAUAUUGAUAGUCGGCCGUUGACGGGUGAGGGACAGUUGAUGAACAAAGAUCUCAAAUGGAAGGGCAUGCGAGCGUUGUCUGCUGGUAUGCUGAGUCACUACAUGUUUGCCAUGAUCCAUGGGUAUGACUACAAAUUCAUCCGCGCUCCCGAUUACGAAGAUCGCUGGGGAACCUGGGUCAAGGUGCCCAUGAUGAAGGAGGCUCUCAAAACCCACGAUUACAUCGUUUUCAUGGACUCAGAUGUUAUGUUCCAUUAUCCUCAUCUCCCACUCGAAUGGCUUUUGAAUUACUGGAAUAUGACCAAGGACACGCUUGCCAUGAUGUCGAUUGAUCCCGACGAGCCCCAAAAUUACGAUGCGAAGGGCAACCGCUACCUCAACACUGGAUUCGUCAUCGCCCAGAAGAGCCAGCGCACGCAGGAGAUGUACAAGGCAUGGGCCGAGUGCCCCACCGAGAACAAGUACAAGGGCUGCAGCAGGUGGAAGCUUGAUUGGGCACACGAACAGGCUGCCUUUGGAAACUAUCUCCGAUACGAUUAUGACCGUCCCGAGGAUAUCAAAGUUUUGCCUUGUGUGGAGGCCAACGGCGCGCCAGAAGCCGAGCACCGUGGCGGUUGCAAAGGUAUCUUCGUGCGCCACUAUUGGAUCAACAAGGGCCUCCUUGCCAAGAGCAUGGCCGACUCCGUCAUGCAGUACUUUGUACCCAGGCUUCAUCAACUAUAUCUCCAGUCGGCCAACGAGCAUAUCGAAAAUAUGAAGGACUAUAGAAUCAGCAACGCAGAGUUGAUUCCCCUGACCGAAGAGGAGAAGGCAACAGCAAAGAAGGGCAAGAACCAAAAAGACGAAGGAUGGUAA